GGGGGCGGCCAUGGACGACCUGGGCUGCCCGCGCUGCAAGACCACCAAGUACCGCAACCCCUCGCUCAAGCUCAUGGUGAACGUCUGCGGGCACACGCUAUGCGAGAGCUGCGUGGAGCUGCUGUUUGUGAGGGCCGGGAACUGCCACGAGUGCGACACCCCCCUGAGGAAGAGUAACUUCAGGGUGCAGCUCUUCGAGGAUCCUGCUGUCGACAAGGAAGUGGAAAUUCGGAAGAAAGUGCUGAAAAUAUACAAUAAAAGAGAGGAAGAUUUUCCCACUUUAGAGGAAUAUAAUGAUUUCCUGGAAGAAAUAGAAGAAAUUGUGUUUAACUUGACCAACAAUGUGGACUUGGAGAACACCAAAAAGAAAAUGGAGCUGUACCAAAAGGAUAACAAAGAAGUCAUUCAGAAGAAUAAGUUAAAACUGACACGGGAGCAGGAGGAGCUGGAGGAGGCUCUGGAGGUAGAGCGCCAGGAAAGCGAACAAAGGAGACUGUUCAUACAGAAGGAAGAGCAGCUACAACAGAUGAUGAAAAGGAAGAAUAAACAGGCACUCCUGGAUGAUCUGGAGAGCUCUGAUCUUCCUGCUUCACUGCUUUUGGCUCAGCAUAAGGACAGAUCUACUCAGCUAGAAAUGCAACUGGAAAAACCCAAACCUGUCAAACCAGUCACAUUUUCCACUGGCAUCAAAAUGGGUCAGCAUAUUUCACUUGCUCCCAUUCAAAAGCUAGAGGAGACUUUGUAUGAGUAUCAGCCUCUGCAAGUGGAGACAUAUGGACCACAAGUUCCAGAGCUUGAAAUGCUGGGAAGGCUGGGGUACCUCACCCACGUGCGAGCCGCCUCUCCGCAGGAUCUCGCCGGGGGAUACACGUCCUCCCUGGCUUGUCACCGAGCCCUGCAGGACGCUUUCAGCGGGCUCUUCUGGCACCCCAGUUAGCCAGGGACCACCGGCCUGACAUCAAGGGACACCCAGCGGGGCAAGAAGCCGAUCAAGCCAGCAAAGGUUGGGGCAGAAUCGCUGCCAUCCGCGAUGGCCGGGCUGCCGUCGCUUUCCUUUGCACUUUUCUGUGCAAAACCAGCUGUGUUCGAGUGUUAAAGGGAAGAAAACAAGCCCCGUCUGCACGAGAGCUUUGUAAAAUGGUGAGAUACAUUUUUGUGGAGGGGGAAACUCGUUAGUCAUGUGGCACUUUGCUGAGGGAGGCUGAAGCAAUAAGCCACAUCUAAUGGAAGAUGUGAAUAACUCAGCUGUGUAUGUUUGAGGCUUAAAGAAAUACACUUGUAAAUUUUUUUUUUUUAAAUAAAGCCAGACUUUUUUAUUAAA